AGUUAUUAUCUAGUAUCUCCAGACGUCAAACGUCAAACUUGUGUGUUUUAUGUUUUAUGAUCUAAAAUACUUAUUAUUUAAUUCUGUCUUUUAUCUGUAUUUAUUGAUUCUCUACUGUAAAUAUAUGAAGACUCAAAUAUAACGAAGGAGUUAUUCUCCAAAAUGCUCUUUAAUAAAUUGAGUAUUUUCCUGGUAUUUGUGUUUAGUGCAUGGAGUAUACAAUGUUCAAAUAUAACAAUACCCCUUAAUAAAACAAUAACAAAGGGAAAUAAACAGUUGUAUGGAGAUUUUUUAAAUAUUAAUAAAUCAUCUAUGAUACAAGUAAAAUUUGGGAAUGUAAAUCCAAAUGUAUCUUUCAUAGUGUUUCAAGUACAUAGCCAUGAUUAUAACAUUUCUGUCUGUAACAACAGUUGUGUGACUGAUUCAACUGAAUUUAGCACAAAUGUUGGAUUUUAUAGUUCUGUCAAACCUAGUAUUGAUACAUAUUACAUAAAAAACGAUAAUUCUGUUAACAUUAAGUUAUACAUAGCUGUGCAUGGAUAUUUGGAACGAGAUCCCAUACCUGGUGGUUGCAACAUGGAAUUACCCGUCUCUGUAUCUCCAUACACACUUGCAAAUUUUAACAAACACUACAUCAACGUAAUGGCAUCUCCUGCCAAAAGUUAUGACGAUGAAUAUUGCAUAUCUGUUAAUUCUGUGGUUGUGAAGUUUUAUAGAAUGUACUUACCAGAGCGAAACUUUGAUGCCAAUACAUACUUUGAAGGCAUUAAAAAUAUGAUGACACUGGAGAAAAUUCAAGAAAACGGCCAAGAGAUACCCAUGACCAUGUGGGGUAUGCGGCGCAUGAUCAGCGCCUACCCUGGCACUGGCUCUGUCUACGUAGCGGUGGCCUACGACGCAGAGUCUGACUAUUAUUCUGUAUACUCGCCGACUUAUACAUACGCGUGUAGUCCAUUAAAUGAUGAUUGUCAAUUGUUAGAUGCCUUAGUAUCGCGUUUUGCCUGUGCUUUCUUGAUUUUCUUGGGGGUUUUUGUCUGCUAUUUUGGACAUCGUUUCUUUAAAACCGAAAUGUUUCUAUUUGGGUUUAUUAGCGGUGUCGUUAUAACUUACAUCUUGAUAUCUCUGAUGGCGGAAUUAGACUUCUCUGAAUUACUAGGUGCAUCCCUAUUGUCCGGUGUAUUUUUUGCCGGAAUAUGGUAUAUCUUCUGGUGGUUCUAUGGGAUACCCGUAAUAGCUGUCUUGUUGCCGGCACUCAAUCUGGGAUUUUUGGUGGCCUCUAUCUUUUAUUACAAAUUGCCAGGUGAUACGAGACUCCUUAUGAACAACUUUAACUUUUGGUCGUUGUUCAUAUGCAUUACGAUACUAGUGGCUCUAAUUCUCGUCUGUAUUGCAUUCGUGUCCAAUAUACUGUGCUGCUCUGUGCUUGGCGCGUACGCGGUCGUGUUCGCUAUGGACUUCUACUUUGGGUCCAAUUUGAAAUAUAUUCUCAUUAACACACUACGAAGAGCUACAGUGCCGGAAUUCAACUGGGUCGUUCUUGCAGCGCCUUUUGAGUGGAGAGAUGCCCUGGUCACCAUAAUCUGGGUGACACUGUCAAUGACUGGGUUUCUAUUCCAACACUACCACAAUAGGGGAAGGCCACCGUUUCCCCCACCACCGCGAGGCAUGAUCCCCAGGAUAGUACCAGUCACUUAUGGAACCCUCAGUAACGAAUAUAGUCGGCCUGGAGAAUCCACCCAGAAUGACCGACCGUUACACUCGGAGAGAACACCAUUAUUUGUGAAUACUAUGUCACAAUAAUUUACAUGCUUCAACUAUAUAUAAAUAUACUAUACUAAAAAAAUAUAUUUUAAUUAAAAAUUAUUCCCAGAACUAUUAACAAUUCUCAUAAACGAAUCAUACUGUAGAUGAAUUCGUACAGAAUGUACAAUACCUAAUAAGUUAUUUUGUGACAAAAUGUAUUAUACUUACUUAAAGACUAUGACAUCGACGUUAAUAAUUUAAAAAAUACUGAAAAAGCAACCUUAAUGUUUUGACUUUAAAGUUGAUACUGUUUCUCAAUAAAUAUAUGUUCAAUUUUACGAAUUUCAAAGUUUACCUUUCGUAUAAUUUAAUGAAUUCGUGUAUGAAAACCAUAUUAAGUUCUGUGCUUGUCGCCUUUAGAAAAGGAGAGGCUACUACUACUCUCUACUUAUGUCUAAUUUGACAAAUAAUGAAAUUCAACUUAAAGUCGUUUGAAAUGGG